AUGGUUAGUCCAGCAACUGCGCAGCCAGAUAGUAAUCUCGCUAGUACUAGCGUUAGAAAUGUUAAUCUGAUCAAGCCUACUGGUACAAAAAUUAAAAAUGAACUGGAAACUAAUUGGUCGAAUACGGUUCGAUCUUCUGUUCAACAAAAGUCACCUGAACAGGUUAAAGAAGCCUUACAGCAUAAUGAGGAGAAUCAAAAACCAAUAGAGAACGAAGUACCAAAAAAAAUAAUACCUCCUCCUGCUCCAAUACCAGCCGUAAACGUAUGGCAAGUAAGGAAGGAGGCUAUAUAUGCCAAAAAUGUCUCCGUUUCUAAUGACAAGGAGAAAGAAGUAGUAACUGAUUCUCACAAAAGAACUGAUAAUCAGGAUAAUGAUCAUGAACCUUUAGAUGAAGAUUCUAGGAGGUUUAAUAAGAAAGAACCAAGAAAACCAAAAUCUCUACCAACACUACCACCAUUAGAGGAUCAAACUAGUAAAGGCAAAUGGAUGCCAUAUAAAGUAACUAUUACUCAUAAUACUCCAUUACCUGGUCAUGAACGGUCGAAAGCUCGUCGUCGUAGCGAAGAUCACAUUGGUCUCCGAGAACAACAGAGAUCAAAUGAUAAACCUAAUAUUAGCUCUGAAGCUGAACCUAGCAAUCCACCCCCCAGAAAUCCUAGUCCAAAUAGACGUCGUGCUAGUGUACCCCCUCCGACGAGGGAAUAUACACGUCAUUAUUCGCAGCAAAAUGAUAAUAGUGGACAAAUUGGUCACCAUAUUAAUGGUGGGUCUCAUUAUCGUGGACGAAGAGGUGGAAGAGGUCGUUAUAAUGCACGUAGUCACCCACGAUCAGCAACUAUUUCAUACUCAUCAGGGUAUGGACAUCAUAAUCAUAGUCAACAUGGUCAACAUGGCCAACAUAGUCACCAAAGUCAUCAUGGUCAUCAUUAUAACAAUUUAUAUGGAUCGAAAAUUGGCGUUGUUUAUGAUGUUGAAGUCUUAAAAUUUUGUAUUUUACAACAAAUAGAAUAUUAUUUCAGCCUUGAAAAUCUUUGCAAAGAUAUAUAUUUACGAAAUAAUAUGGAUUCUGAGGGUUAUGUUCCUAUUUCCUUGUUGGCUGGUUUUAACCGUGUAAAGGCUUUAACGUUGGAUGAAGCAUUUGUUCGUGAGGCUCUUCUCAUGAGCUAUAUUGUCGAAGUUAAUGGGGACAAGGUUAGGAAACGAGAAGGUUGGGAAUUUUGGCUCUUACCGAAACAACGAGAACUUUCUCAGAAUGGAGAUAAAGAGCUUACUCUAGAAAAAACGAUAACAGAGUCUUCAAGCGUUACAGAAGAAAGCAAUUUAUUACUGGACAAGGAUGAAAACAAAGAAAAUCAGGAGAUGCCGACUAUUCCGGAGGACAAUUCUGAGGGCAAUUCCACUAGUAAUCCUUGGAUUCUUCAAACAAAAAAGCGUCGUACAUUAUCAUCACCGACUUCACCUCACGUAAUGCUAAAGCAAACUGCUACAACAAUUUCUGCUGAUGAAGAACUUUUUCAGUUUGAUGAAGAGUGGACUGAUGAGAUUGUUGAAAUGAUUAACGAAGGUUUAUAUCAUUACGAAUUUGACUUACACAAAAAACGAGUCAAUAAUUCGUCUAAUAAUCGUAAAGUAGACAUUAUUAGCGAGGAACAAUUUACUUCAAUUAUUUCCUCAACCAAGUUACGUGAGGGAUCAUCGAGUUCGAAUUCAGGGGCUAACCUAUCGAGUAAGGUUAUAACAACGGAAAAGGAGAAGAAAAGAAAGAAAAAAUCAACGCGUUUCUGGCCUGUAAAAGGGGUACCACCACAAAUUCCACUUAAUUCCAGUGUUAAGACAAACCAUAAACACAUACCUGAUACGCGUCAAUAUUAUGCUCAAGAUGCUGUUGGUUGGGUGCUUGGUGAUCAACCUUAUCACCCACCUGAAGGAACGUCACCACACUCACUUUCUCCUCAUAGUCAUAGUAAUGGAUCAUCAAUUAGUUACUCAGAGCAAUUAUCUUCUUCAAUGGACUUAGCGCGCUCAUUCCCUCCUUUCCAACAUCCUAGUCACGAAUUACUUAAAGAGAAUGGAUUUAUUCAACACAAGUAUUAUAAAUAUCAUGCCAAGGCUUUGAAAGAACGCAAACGGCAAGGAAUUGGACAGUCACAAGAGAUGAAUACUCUCUUUAGAUUUUGGUCUCAUUUCCUUCGUGAACAUUUCAACAAACGCAUGUACUCCGAGUUUAAGAAACUCGCGGUCGAAGAUGCUAACGCUAAUUAUCGUUAUGGUCUUGAAUGUUUAUUCCGGUUUUACUCAUAUGGCCUUGAGAAAAAAUAUCGCCAAGACUUAUUCGAUGAUUUUCAGGAGUUAACAUUAAAUGAUUAUGAAAAUGAUUGUCUUUAUGGUCUCGAAAAGUUUUGGGCCUACUUGUAUUAUAGAAAAGAUAAGAAUAAUGUUGAAAAUAUCGAUGAUUUUAAAACUGCUCAAAAGCCCGUGCAGCCAAAUUCAACGAUUCACCAUUAUACGACUCCUAAUCACCAUAAUGCACAUCAUUCAACAACUUCAUCAUCCUCUUUAAAUUCUCACAACUCAAACUCUAUGGGUUUUCCGCCCUUGGCAAUAGCCGCUUCACGAUAG